GUUAUACGUAUAUUAUAUAUAUAUAUAUAUAUAUAUGUAUAGUAAUAUUAGUGAAUCAUCAAGUGACAAGUUGUAGCUACUUCUUAUACAAACACUUUACUAUUUUAUAAUUUUUCCCGUAUUUUGUAAAGUUCAUUUGUAGAAUUUUCCACACUGUCUGAGCAAACUUGUUAUGCAAAAUAUUCGUAUAAAAGGCGUUAGUCGAAUUAUUAUUAUUGUAUUAUUAUAUUACAUUUUGUAACCAUAAUGUAAAAGGUUACUAAGGAUUUUGUUUUGCCUUCCAUUUUAUAUUGAGAAAGGUACUGACAUUAUAUUUAAAAAAGUAAUAUCUAACAAACGUCAUUGAUCAAAUCGACACAUUUCGACGCGAAUUUAAUAAAACUUCAAAAUACCGUUCAAUGUCAUUCGAUAUGAAGAAAACCGGAACAGUAUUCUUACGCCUUCCACUAAACGAGAUACUAGUCCGAAGAAUUGCCUAUUUUCAUGCGGAAUAUUCUGAAACCUCUUAAAUCCAUUAGAAGGAACAACAAGAAAGAGCAAACACGAUCAAACUCAUUACUAAAUCCAGCGAAUUCCCUGGGACCCGGCUAACGAUAAAAACCAACGAGACCAUCAUUUCUAACUUCUUCAUUUUACGAGGGUCGCGAUCGAACCGCAAACAGUACGAACGAAAAAUUAAAUAAACGUCUCGCGAUUAUUGCAAAGGAGCACGCGGCUGAAUCUACCACGCUUCCAUUGUUCGUGCAAAUAUCGAAGGCUAAAAGUUGAAAGCAGAUGGAAAAUGGCAGAGGGAACAGAUAGAAUUUAUUGAGCCGUUCGUUUUACCGAUGGAAGCCACCGAUCGCUGAAAAAAAUAAUGUCGUUACGAUGGUAUACGGUUGUUCGCAUGUACCCGUGGCCGAAUUAUCAUUAUUGUGAGCGACGCUGUUUAAACAUGCCGUAUCAAUUUGUAUCGACGAUGUUUACUUCUAUCGUUGCUCGCAAUCGAUCACUGCACAUAGAUGUAUAGAUACAUAUAGGCUGCGUCCGAAAGUUAUGUACACGAGAUAAUUGUCGAUAAAAAGGUAAGAAGGAAAUGUAGAAUAGAGUUUUCUCAUAUGAUGCUCUGUUCUAAAGGAAAUCGAGUUUGAAAAUUCGUCGAGUAUACUUGAACUUGGCAAAUUACCGAGUGGAUAUGAUCCGACAAUUAGUAACAAUAAACAAACGAUAGGAGGUUAUUCAAUAUGCGCGAAAAUGAGGCGAAAAUGUGCAAUUCAGUUUUUCCGUUCAAUGCUUCAUUUUCAAGAAAAAUGGAGUUUGAACAUGUCUAUUUAGAAAUUGGCAGGCCUACGAGAAAUUUCGAAAUUUAUUUUUUUGGAAAUAAAGCGUCUUAUGAACAAACUUCAUUCUAUAUUUUUGACUUAUUUUCACACGUAGAAUCACCUCUUGUCAAUUAUUUACUCCCGUUUAGUGUACGAAAUUAACCAUGUUCAAGUAUACACGAUACAUUUUUAUACUCGAGUUUCUCAAAAAAACGAAACAUCGUAUGACAAAAUUCUAUUCUAUAUUUUCUUCGUACUUUUACAUAAUUCACCUUAUGUCCGCUCGUGUAUUACUUUCGAACACAUACCCCUCGUACAAAAUUGAACAGACAUACAUGUAAAUACACAUACUUAUAUAUGGAAGAGGGGAAGAGCAAUAGGGUGGGGCAAGGGAAACGCAUCGACCAUUUUCUGUCAAACGAUUCGCCGAAACUGUCAGUUUUUUCGACUCGCGUGGACCGUCCAAAUUCACGUGAUGCUCGUGACAAUCGCGAAGAAUUAUCGGCUUCGCGGUAUCAAAACUCGAAAUCGCCAUGGAAGUCGCAAGAUUCCACAAAUACUACAGAUCCUAUAAUUCUGGUCCUCAAUGGCUGUUAUACCAGUAUCUGCUGGCGGAUACUAAGCUGAGGCUCAUGUUUAAUUUGGGUCCGCAAUGCGGGAUCGUUACGUUCGUUACCUUGCUCAUGAUGUUCAUCUUAUUCAUUUUCAUGUAUCGAUCCCAGGGUGCAAAAGCGAUCGUCUCGAAUCAAAAAGUCUUCCUGGAAUUACAAAAAGAAGCGGACAAGAAAAUUCCGCGGAAGAAAAGCAUGGCGGACAUCAGACCGAUCUACAAUUGCAUUCAUAAGCACUUGCAGCAGACCGAUGUGUUCCAGGAGAAGACGAAGAAAAUGCUCUGCAAGGAACGCCUGGAGUUGGAGAUUCUGAGCAGCAGAAUAAACUGUAUCAACAAACUGUUGAAACCUGAGGCGCAGACUGAAUGGCGGCGGAGCAGGUUACGAAAAGUGUAUUAUCGUCCCAUUAACUCGGCCGCGUCGAAGUAAUAGCCGGCGGCGUAACAAUAUAAUUAAGCAAAUACAAAUGCGUCCAAUAAAGAACGUACAAAUUGCAUCGACUUAUUACGCGCAGACGCGUUAUGAGUUUGCGAUGCUUGUGCAUGUACCAACGGUGAAAACUUUUGCCACGUCUGAUCGCCACGAGGGGCAUAUUAAAGCUUCGUGCUUGUUUUAUAAACAGUAUAACAUUCUUUUAUGUGCAUUUAACACGAAUCCGAAACAUUGAAAAUUAUCGUGAAACAUCUAUAAAUUAUGCAUCUAUCGAAGUAUAAUAUUCCGAUAAGAAUAAUUUUCGAUUAGUUUUAGUAGUAUUUAGAAGUAUCAUAAUUUUCUAGCGGUGCCACGUUGACACUGCCGUUACUUGUAAUUGUGAAUAAUAAAAAUUCCAAAUUGUAUCGAAAUUUGACUUUUUACGAUUUAAAAAUUGCAAAUAUAAAACGUGGAUUUUAUAAUAAAAUGUAUAUAGAACUAUACAUACAUAUAUGUACAUGUGAAGAGUCCAUAGGCAAAAGGGGAAAUGUCAAGUUCUAGUAUUCCUUAGAAAAGGAAAAUUCAUUUUUCAAUAUAUAAUAGUCACAACUUCAUAUUUUCAUGGAUGUUAUAUACAUAUAAAUAUAUAUAUGUAUAAUAUACAUAUAUUCAUAGACAUUAUAUAGAAAUAAAACAUUAUAAUCCUCUGCAUCAUCUUCAACUUUCGCUUAUAAUUUUAAACAAUAUAUGACACGUUAAACUGUGAAAAAUGAAAAAUACGCAGUACCCCCUAAUUUCUUAUAAUUCAUAAUAUUAUUCAGAAAAUUUUAAUGCAAAUUAAUGCGACACACCCAGUGGUAAAGAGUACAUACAACAGCAUACGAAAAAAUGUUAAACUCAAAAUUCGGCAAAAUUCGCAUUCCCCCUUUUCCCUGUUGACUCUUGGCAUGUAUUCAAAGAAGAAGUGCGAAAAGCUUUCUGUUUUCGAUUUAUGAAAGACUGCGUAAAAUUGGUCAUGAAUAUGCAAGUUAAAAGAAGUUUCUUCUCUAGUUUUAUUAUUCCUAGCAUUUUCUACGUAUGUAAA